UUAAAUAUACUAAGGUCGACAUGUUACAUACAUAUUCUACAUUAAAAGAGCCCAACUUUAGUUUAGCCCGUUACUCAGCUAGCAACCCUUGGCCUGAACGUUAUGUCAGUGAUGUUUUUUCCCCGAGUCAUUUAACAUUAACCAACUGUGAAGUACCAGUCGAAAUAAGAUCGCCGUUUUGGUUACUUCCAGAAUUUCCAGUUUUUAUAUGUCGACACUCGUUUAAAAACCUCGUUCUCACGGAAACCUGACUGUUUGCAUUUAGCAUUUUAAUGCACUCUGGGGAAAGUAAUUAAGGAGGCUUUAAACCUAAAGAUAAAAGGUUAACACCCGGCGUUAAAGCUCUAAGUAAGGUGUUAGUCUUUGUUAAUCUGUCUUGUUUUUUUUAAAUGUUAUUCUGUUUUAUUCACGAUAACAGGUUAUUAAGAAGUUAUCUGUUUACCUAUUGAUGUGCAUCUGGCUGCUCCAGGUCUUGUGACUCUGCUCCACCCCUCAGGUAAGAGCUGAGGGUCGGGCUGAUGUCAUCCAGUCAGGGUGAAGGAGGGGGUCUUUCUGAGGCUGCCCCAGACAACAACACCAAGGACCUGCUUGACAACCCGCUUCAAACUGCUGCAACAUGCAACACUCCUGAAACACAGGUUUCUCCUGUUUUGGAUGAAGCUUCUCCUUCCUCUACAUCCUCUUUUGAGAUGCUUGACAUGGAAUCGGUUCCACCUCCAUACCAAGAGGUGCAGCCUCACUGGUUCUUCUGCCGCCGGGCAGAUGACUGCACUUCCUGGCAUCCCUUCAGCAGAGAGGACUCUGACAAACUAGAAAACGUUUGCAAUGCUGGUAAGAACAAAUAG